AUGACAGAGUCAUUUCAGAACAACAGAAGUGAUGUCGUACACAUGUUGAAGCAACUGGACUCUAAUCUCCAGUCAUACGUUGCUCUCUAUGAUGCUGAUGGACUUGCCGACGAGAUCAAACGCGCUUCGCUGUCCACAACACAGGACUACAAGGAAGGCUACUCCCAGAUAGCAGAUCUAAGUCGAAAAGAGAACGAAUACGUGCUUCAGUUGGAUAUAGCUAACAAAUUAUGGUUUAUCAACGGGCUUCUCAAUGAACUGGCCAUCAUCGACACUGUGGAUGACGCCCAGCAUGACGAUUGGCAUUUCGUUGACUUGGUUUCUUCAGUAUCGAAUUUGGAGAAGUUGAGACAAAAAGUGUUAGAAUUCGAGACCCAUGUUUCAAAAAAUUUGGCAAAAAAUCACGAAGGGGACGUUGGUAGCAUCACCAUCAUCAAGGACAUACAGAAAAGACAAGAGUCGUUCGACUUGAAAAUUAAAAAAUUGGUUUCAAUGACUGGAAAAGCGCAUCUGGAGACUAAGGAAGAUUCAAUUAUAUUGCAUAAUGAGUUCAAUGGGCAGGAGUUUGGCCAGUUCUUGGAUUCUGUGGCUACUGCUUCGGCUACCAUGAGGCUUGCUAGCUCUGACGUUCUAUUCAAUUGGACCAAUACGGUAUACCAAUGGACUGAAAAUAUAUUAAAACAACUUGAAAAUGAUGCAGGCCUUCUGAGAUUCAGUAAGGACCCGGAAAUCAGCCAUUUGGUCUUCCUACCUAAAGGCACCUACAGUCUCUCUGAUCUCAUUGAUACCACAAACAUCGCAGAAGGCUCGCAGAGUAUACAAAAGUUUGUGUUUUCAAUCACCAAUCUAGUGGAAUUUGUGGAUGAGCUUGUGCAUUUGUCAAAUAUUGGAUCAGGUAUACGAAAGCCAUCAUCCAAACUGAAACAGCAGCUGGUGAAGCCCAUCUUAGCAUCUCUGAAACUUCAGGUUUUCAACCCCAGAAACAAAAGUUUGAUUUUUUCGCUGGUUUCUGAAAAAUUAGGAUUGAAAACUGAUCAGUCAGCUAACUCUGGUGACCUGUUAUCGUCUCUUCUGGAAAGUCUAUCAGGUGAUGGGUGGUACAGCUCAAGUUCCGGUGCUAUUGAGACAUGGCUUGAGGACCCUCUUGGAUAUUGGUCUGAAAACGAACUGGAGACCACGAUUGAGAACCUCCGGGCUUUUUGCAUUGAGCUGAAGAAGAUAACACAAUCGUCUGUCCCCAAUAGCAUGUUCACGAAGCUUUCCGUGAACGAGACACAUGGUGGGUUCGAAAACACAGAAAUGAAACCGGAAUCUCCACAGGUACCACCAGCCACCAAACCAGACAAUGAUGAAUGGAAUUCCCAGUGGGAUGAAGACAAUGAUGUCGAUGAUGCCUGGAACAAAGAAAUUGAUCUUGACGUUGAUGAUGUUUCAGAGAAGAAAGAUGACGAACUUGAUGCUAAUGCCGAUGAUAAUGGCUGGGAUGACUGGAAAGAUGACGAUGAUGACUUGGGAUGGACUGAGAAACCCAAGCCUAAAACCCAACUCAACUCGCCUUCUGAGUUGUCAAAAUUGCCAAAAGCCCAAAAAGCAUUCACCUACAAAUCGUCCCAGGUUCCAGCAAAGCUUCUUGCUCUUUUUGAAGACUUCUUCAACAGGUCGGAAGAGCUCACGAACCACUCACAACUAUCUUUUCCGCAGUCGAAGAGGAUACGACAGAGUUUCAUCGAAAAGUUCAAGCCUUUUGCUCUGUCGUUUUUUGCCAUGGUUUCGAGGGACUGGAAACAGUACUACCCCUCUCCAACUCUGUUAUACAACGAUUUCGGUAAGCUGCUGGAGUUAGCACACACUCAACACAAAGACUUUGAAAAUACACUAGUUCCCGAACUGCUCAUUCUCCAAGACCUUAAUACGAGAUUCAUUCAAUCAAUGAUACUCAGUAUCCGUACCUCAUUGGACGAGGCCGUCAACAAAGCCGAGAGAAUACUUUUUGUGGAUGACAAUGACAUGUUCAGCGCGGAUGACAUGUCGAUAACGGCUUCCAAAUUAGGACACAAAGCUAGAGAGGUCUUUGACGAGGUAUUCCAGGCAUUCUACCAAAACACAGAGACGUUCGAGUAUAACGAGACUCUCAACAUGUCGAUCAUCUCCACAACUAUUAACCAUUUCUACUCUAACAUCAUCACGAAACUGAUUUCAAGAAAGUCAAUUGGUGAGGCAGAGUCUGAUGUAUUAGCUCAAUUGAUUGACUAUAUCCUCAUGGCAACGGUUCCGGCCCCAAUCAGUUCAAGCAAUUCCACCGUUGCCGCACUUCCAGCCGAGCUGAAGAAGUCGCCCAGUUUUCACAAAUUGGCAAAUAUCAAGACAAUCUUAACAUCGCGACUUAACGAUAUCUUGAACCAAUUUUACGAGGGUGUUUUCUUUGACAUGGAGACAGAAGAGAUGAUUUCGCUUUUGCAUGCGCUCUUCACCGACUCACCCACGAGGAGGUCGGUGAUAGACGAGAUCAAGGAGAUCCGGUCCAGUUGA